GAAUUCAGAGCUAUAUUUUUGACUGAUAUAACCUUUGUUUAAGUGUUUUCAAAUGAUAAAUAAUCGCAUGUUAUAAGGGGAGAAGCUUUCCAGAAUGAAAAAUCAUCUAUACUGGCAACAGUGAUCGCGAGGCAUGUAUUAUUUAUAACAGGGAGCAACCGUAAUAAGAAUAAAAAUAAGUUGGCCCGCGCAAUUGAAGAAUCCAGCAGAAACUCCUGCGUUCAUAGUGGUAGAAAUUUGAACUACACGAUGGUGAUGUUUAAAAAAAAAACCAGAGCAGUUUUCAAGUUUCCGGAAAAUUUUCGUGAUUUUUUAGUUGAUGUAUAAAUUUCAUUGGAAAAUAAUGGACGAAUCGGAGUUGGAACCGGUGACGGAGAACAUCCUUGUUCGCCUUGAAGACAUACUUGAAUAUGUGGGCGAUUCUGUUAGGCCGAUUAGAGAAGGAUUAGCCGUAUUGAGCGCCAACCACAUAGUGUGUAUAGGCUAUACCGGACGAUCUGGUGCACAUGUUCUUGUUAAAGGAUACGUAUUGCAAAGCUCGCACCCAGGAGGAAUACCACACGAAGUUUCUUUAAAAAUUUGUGAAAAUCAUCCGUUAUGGGAUCUGAAUUGUUCAUGUAAAGCUGGUACGAGGCGAUGUAAACACAUUGUGGCCUGUUUGCUGCGGAUCAAUCAAUUCAAAAGACUCGAACACAUUUCUUGUACGGAUGCAGUACAAGCUUGGGGCUGCUCAAAAAUUGAAAAAAUAAGUCUAUGGGGUGCUAAGCCGAUUGCAGACUUAUGUUGUGUGAGACACAGGAAAUUAAUCGUUUGCAGUGAUGUUAGUAUGAAAGAAACGCUGCUGUCAGAUGCCCUGAUGAAAAUAUUAGCAGUUUCACCGCAGUCUGCAAUCAGCAAACAUAUGAUUGGACGUCACACAAAUGUAAUCGAUUUUCGUACCGGCAUAAGUUCAAAUACUUGUACAAACAAUGGUGCAUACUGCACCGAGCAGGAACUGAAUGCUACUCUCUUUGGCGAAAACCAAAUCAAAAAAUCUAGUGAAAAAUACUACUUUGAUCAAUCAAAUCAAAACUUCUACGAAAAAUUUGUGUGUGUGACGAAACAACAGAUUUUGAAUAUUGCGAUGGAAACUUGUGCACAAAACAACAAAACUUGGAAAGCACAGCGAUCUUUGCGUAUAACAGCAAGUUCAUAUUAGUUUUACUUUUCGUCUUUGACUCAUCAGUGCAGAGCAGUUCAAAUUGAACUGCUUAGUGCUAAACUCGGCAGUUCAAUUUGAAC